UUGGAUGAAAAUGGAAGAUUAAGCGAGGAAUUUGUGAUUGAUGGAUUGAAAUGGUGGGUUUUUGAGCAAAAACCAUGGAAAAAGUGAAAUGAAUUGUGUGUUUUUCAGGAGAAUCAAGAUUAAGACUGAAGUUAGCGGCACUACAAAAUACCUCUGUGUAUUUUUACGUCAUGAAAAAGACACGGCGGAUUAUUUGGCCGAAGUUUCGCAACACUUCACAAUUUUCGAUAAGAAUGGAAGAAGAUUGAUGGGUUCAAUGAGUUGCGAUUAUUACACGAAAAACUCGAAUGAAUUCGGUUGUUCGAGUAUUUUGAGAUGGAAUGGGAAUGGGAAUGGAUUUGGAUUUGAUGUUAAUCAUUGGGAAAAGGAUUUUAUUCGAAUCGAAUGCGAGUUUGACUAUAAAUUAUACGAUUUUUCGAAUAAUCCGGCGAUUUUUUCGGAUGGUGUUAUUAAGAUUGGAAAUGAUGAGAUUCAUAUUAAUAAAGGAGUGAGGAUUUUUGUCGAAAAAAUUGAUUGAACAAUAAAAGGUCCCGCGCGGAAUGAAAGUUUCGCGAAACUUGGUGGAAAUACCAAUUCGCCGCUGCUGAUGGUGAGCACGGUGUCAAGAAUUGGUAUUUUCAUCAAGUUCGGUGUAAAUUUCAUCUUCCGCUUUUUCCUUGUCAAAAAUUGCAUGAGUCAACUCUUGGUAUGAGUUAUGACGUGGCAAACAAUGAAAAUUUCGCAAAAUCGGGAAUUUACAGGAAGUUUAAAAUCUGUGAAAUCCCGAUUUCCAAAAUUUACCACGUCAUAACUCAUACCAAGAGAAUUUCAUCGAAAAUUCCCCAAUUUCCAGUACUAUUGUGCAUUUUCAAAGUUCUUCAUCGAAAAUUUCGGCAAAAACAACAACACUCAAAUCACAAUCAAUGAUGUGAAAUCGGAUGAUAUGUUGAUGUUAUUGGCAUCCUUGUUGCCAGAUCCAAUUCAUAUAACUUGUCAGUUUUCCAUUGUUCACAUUUUUUUCUCAAAAAUAAAAAAAAAUAAAAGUUUUAGCUCGCAAUUACGAUGCUCUGAUGGAUAUGUCGGAAAAAUUCGAUGUUCCUAUGUUGAUUCAAAAAUGCGACGAACACUUCAAAAAACAUCAAUGCUCAAAUCUUCUCAGUAGAAUUAGCUAUGCUGAAAUUCCGACGCCUAAAAAGCGCAGAAAAACUGUUGUUCCGGAGGAAAAUGCGAAAAUUGUGAGUUAUCAAAACUUACUUUUAAAAAUAUCAUCAAUAAAUGGUAUUUUUGCAGAAAGAAUUAAUUGGAAGUUUGAAGCGCGGCAAGGAAUUCAAAUGGCUUUUUGAGCAAUAUGCAUUCAAGGAAUUUGAAGAUUCAACAAAACUUCAAAUCUAUAAAGCAUCCACCAAGUUCCUCUAA